CGUGAAGCCGACCUAAAUGCGGCUAAGCAAGCCUAGCUCAUCCGUUAAGGACGUGUGAUUGCUUACCUUCCAGCGACAAUGGAAAUGUACAGUACCUCCUUUAUGAGUCCCACCGCCAGCUCCUGACCGCUGGACUCGACUCGAAAUAGACGCCAGACCCAACCGAUGCGAUCCGAUGCCCUCCCUGGUGUCCGAGUUCAUCAUCAAUCCUGUACUCCGCCAGGCUCGCCGGUUUUCGUCGGGUUUCUCCGCCGAACCCGAAUCCGUCGAGAAUGCCCCUUUGCCACUGAUCCGGAAUCAGACGAGGAUGCCGAGGCCGGCUGCCUCAGGCCUUGCCCUCCCAAGUCCUUCGACAAGCCCUUCAAGCCUCUCAACAGUAGCCGGAUGGGACAUUGGUGAUGGUGAAGCGUCGCCUUCAACACCCGGUCUGCCAGGCCACGUCGUCUCCUCCGUCGACCACGGCGCGAGCGGACCGCUGCCCGCAAGUCCUUCUAGCGAAGUGGUGUCCGAAACGAUCCCAUCCUCGCCCGAGGCGGCAGCGGCGUACGAGCGGCAUACAUUCUUACCAGAGGAUGACGGCAUGGGCCCCCUCAGGCAGCGGAUACUCGCCAUCCAGUCCCAGGACAUAGCCUCAGAAGAGAAGGCUGGUCUGAUGCAUGAGUUGUUGAUGGAAGGAUAUACUCGGUCACAGAUUGUCUUUCAAUCCAAGCUUUCUCCGCGCCAAGAAUCCCCGUUGAGCACGAGCCUGUCCGAACAGUACCGGGCGACACGGCCUAUGCAGACGCUCAAUAAGUUCCUGAACCACAUCGGGGAGGGGUUCAUGCCGUUGAAGUUCCCGCUGCGCGAGGCAGACCUCCAGCCCACUUACGCCCCCCGGGUCCCCCUCGAAGACGGACAGGAGCAGGAUGGCGAUGUGGAUGAGGCCGACGACAUCGAGGGACGGCCGCUCGGCUGCAAACACUACCGACGGAAUGUCAAGCUGCAGUGCGCGACGUGCGAGCGAUGGUAUACCUGCCGCUUCUGUCACGACCUGGCCGAAGACCACAUCCUGCCGCGGAAGGAGACGAAGAACAUGCUGUGCAUGCUAUGCGGCUGUGCGCAGAGGGCCUCAGACACGUGCGUGAAGUGCGGCCGCCCUGCUGCCCGUUACUACUGUGGUGUGUGCAAGCUGUGGAACGAAGACGCAAACAAACCGAUAUACCACUGCAACGACUGCGGCAUCUGCCGGGUUGGUCAAGGUCUUGGCAAAGACUUCUUUCACUGCAAUAAAUGCAUGGCAUGCAUAUCCAUCGCCGUCUCCACAACGCACAGGUGUAUCGAGCGGUCGACAGACUGCGACUGCCCUAUCUGCGGCGACUACAUGUUCUCUUCACCUAGACAAGUCGUGUUCAUGCUCUGCGGCCACAGCAUCCACAGAAAGUGCUACGAGGAGCACUUGAAGUCAUCAUUCAAGUGCCCCAUCUGCAACAAGAGCGUCGUGAACAUGGAGACGCAGUUCCGAAACUACGAUAUUGCGAUCGCGACACAGCCGAUGCCGCCAGAGUUCCGGUACGCACGAGCCAAGAUCUUCUGUAACGACUGCAGUGCCAAGAGCCAAACGGCCUACCAUUGGCUUGGUCUGAAAUGCACCGUUUGCGACUCAUAUAACACGGUGCAGCUGCAGCUUCUAGACAUGCCAGAUGCUGGAGGUGAAGCAUCGCGGGAGGACCUCGCGGCGGACAUCCAGGGAGAACCGACCAGGGAACCCGAGCCGUCGGGUCUCCAAGACCUUGCAUCUCGCGAGGCUCUCGCCCCAAGCCUUCUUCCGUGGCCGCGGCCUCUCCCGGGGCAUCGCCCGGGGACGUCCCUUGGCUCCCACCAGGACCUGCCGACCUUCUCCCCGUUCCUCGUCCCCGAGCGGCUUGCUCGAUCCGUGUCUCCCAUACCGGGGCCCGGGCUCGCCGAGAAUGCGCUACUGCACGGUCCAGCCGCGGAGACGGACGAGUCCGGCGAGGAGGAGGAGGAGGAGGACGCGCUGGGCUUCUGGGGCGGCGACGACCACCGAUCGGCCGGGAGGUCCGAGGGCAACGGGGCCCAGGACGAUGAUGGUUCGGAGUGUGAGAGCGACUCGGGCGACGAGUGCGAUUCCGACGCUGAUUAUGACGAGGGCGAUGAUGAUGACGAGGAAGAGGAGGAGGUGAUAUCGCUGUUCGGACACAGGUGAACGACAGCCACCACUGGGCACGGUUCUGCAAUGGGAGUCGCUUUAAUUUGGAUUCGGCGUUGAACUGCAUACGGGAAGCAAGGGGGAAAUCAUAAUGCGUUCCUGGUUGGUCUUCAAUGUUAAAAUCAGUGCAUCCAUGCAUGAGGUGGGAAUGAUCGAUCAAUUGGUUUAGGGCUGGAGCGCGUUCACCGGGUUUGGGCAUUGACUUGAUGGAUAUUUUUUGCUUCUUACACACAACAAACAACAAACAGUACAUGUCUUGGGUGCAUCGACUCAUUAUACACACAUAGAGAGAGACAGAGGUAUCAUUACUAGUAGCAAUGGCAGCCGGCCGGAUGGCCAUUCGGCG